UGAGAGUUUCCCGGCUGGGGUAGGAGCAGAGCCUGACCUCCAUGGUGCUGCUGGCGUGCUGAGGUGUGCAGGGGCCCCAGGCACCAGCCCCAAGCACCAGGAACUGCUGGCAGCUGCCAGCCCCACAGAGGAGAGAGAUGCACAGUUCCAUCCCAGGCCUGGGCAGGGUGAUGGUGUUCCUCGCAGCAGCCCUGGCAUCAGCCUCCUUUGCAAUCCCUGAAGACUGGGGAGAGGAAGGCGUGCAGUAUGGACAGCUGGGGACAGACGUGACCCUGCCAUGCCCUGGCGUCCGUGCCAGCUCGCCCGUGCGAUGGAGGCGAGCAGGGGCCGCGGCGCUGCCAGAGGGCUCAGCCAUCCAGCAGGGAUCCCUGGUGCUGCCGAGCGCCAGCCCGGCCUCCGCGGGAACAUACAGCUGCCAUGGCGAGGACGGCGGCCUGCUGCACACCGUGUCCCUGCGGCUGGGCCACCUGCCGGGAGUUCCCUUUGUGUCCUGCAGAGCGUCUGACUAUGAGAAUUUCUCUUGCUCCUGGACCUCGAGUGUGGAGACCUUCCUUCCCACCAGAUACAUCACCACAUACAGGAAGAAAUCCCUAACAGGCGAAGAAAAGCGGAGGAACAAGAACGGGCACGUGGGGCUGUGCCUGCAGGAUCCGUCCCGCCCCGGCACCUGCACUGUCCACAGGUCAGAGUUCUGGAGCUCCUACCGCCUGAACAUCACUGAGGUGAACCCCCUGGGCUACAGCUACCGCCUUCUUGAUGUCACCAUGCAGGCCAUCAUUAAGCCAGACCCUCCAGAGGGCUUGGUGGUGGAGCCUGUCCCCCUGGCCCCCAGGCGACUCCAUGUGAGCUGGAAGUACCCUUCCUCCUGGCCAAAGGAGCCCCACUUCCAGCUGAGGUUCCGGCUCCAGUACCGACCCGUCAUCCACCGCUCCUGGUCCGUGGUAGAGACGGUGAACCUGUCUGAGGUUAUCACGGAUGCCUUCGCCGGGCUGGAGCACGUGGUCCAAGUCAGUGCCAAGGAUUUCCUGGAUGCGGGGAAUUGGAGCGAGUGGAGUGCUGAGGCCCGGGCAACACCAGUCAGAGACCUGGCCUCCACAGCAAGUGAAGAAACCACUACAGAUGCCAGACUGGAGAGCCUGGCUGAGGAGCCCUCCCAGGCUCCCAACCCUGAGCCCAUCAAUCGCAGUGACCCCUUGGAGAAGAUGGCCGUCCUGGUGUCCCUUGGGAUCUUUGCCUUCUUCAUCCUGGCUGCUGUUCUUGUCAUCACCAUCCUCAUCUGGCUCCGGGUGAGGAAACAUAGCAAGGACAAGACCAAACCCAGCUUUUUGGUUGCUGCCACCCACUUGAAGGCACUGCCAACAGAAGCUCAGAUCCUGUAGUGAGCCCUGGCCGAUCCCUGCUCCCUGCACCUGCUUGCCCACGCGUGGGACUUGAUGCCACUGCUGGCCCCCAAGGACCCCACGCCUCCCGGGUCACCCCACAGCUGUGGACAUUGCCGGAGCCCCCAACACCCUGGGGUUGCAGGAUGGAUCCUAAGGAGAGAGGCUCUGCUCUCAGGAGCGUUGGACUGCCUGAGCCCACCAGAAGCCAGCUGGAGUCACUUCAGGCUCAGGGUGACAGGCCAGCUCCACCUCUGAGCGCUGCUAAACAAAUGGGGAUAAGACUCUGAGCCAGCCCCACUUCACUGCCUAGUGUUGAGGGGGACCGUGGGUGUAGGCUCCCGGGGGUGCUGGGCAUCAGUGCCAGACCAAGGGGUGCUGAUCCCUGCCUGUCACCCCCCACCAGCCGCCAGCAGGCAGCACAGAACACCCCCUGCCCCUCCCCUCUGCCCCAAUCCCCCGUGCUGUGGCUGGACGGAGCAGAGAUGCCAAUAAAGGGGAUAUGCCAAUGCUAUCA